AUGGAUCUUGCCAACACCCUCAUCAGGAGCGUGGUGCGUGCCUUCUACGAGACUCGCCACAUUCUAGUCGUUGAUGCGCUCUUCUUGCAUUCAGUACUCCAUGCAGAGGAUCUCGCCUUUCUGAUGGGCAUGCAGCAAAAGGAUCUUCGAAAGCUGUGCGCCCGUUUACGAGAAGAUCGCCUCAUCGGAGUAAGCCAACGCUCCGAAUUUCGCGACGGAUCAACUCGCCCUGUGAAUCGAGAAUACUACUACAUCCCGCUUCAUCCGGUCAUUGACGCGAUCAAGUACAAGGUCUCCAAAUUGACGUCCACGAUCAAGGCGCAAUACACCCCCAGCGAAGAGCGCAAGGAGUACAUCUGCCUGCGAUGCGGCACAGAAUGGACCGAGUUGGAUGUGUUAAGUUUAGUCUCCGAGGAAGGAUUCGAAUGUCAAAACUGCGGUGCCAUUUUGGAACGAACCGAGGACGUCAAGGGCGUGGAGGGAAUCGAUCGUACCGGCCACGAGAAGAACAGUAAACUCAUGGCGCAGCUCGACAACAUGCUCAAGCUUCUAAAGCAGAUUGACUCUGUCGAAAUUCCGCCCAACGACUUUGACACUGCCUGGGAUCACAAGGUUGAGGUUCCCCGCAAUCAGCACACGCACCCGACCCGCCAGGCAAUCUCUAUACCUGCUAAGACACAAGACGUUACGCGCACCACGGCAAAGACAGACGCAGCCCAAUUGGAGAUCGCACUUACUUCCAGCGAGGAGAAGAGUGCUGCCGAGCAGGCUGAUGAGGCAGCGCGCAAGGCAGCCCUCGAGAAGCAAAAUGCCCUACCCCAUUGGCAUACCCACUCUACAGUCAAUGCAAACAACGUCGGUACUACGCAAGCCAAGAAUGAGGCCGGCGUCCCCGUUAAGCCCGAGGAAGAAGAGGACCAGAAGCCCGAUCCAGAUGCCUUGGACGACAAGGUUGCAGCCUACUAUGCUGAGAUGGAGCGCGAGCAAGCCCUGCAAGCCGAGCAAGACGCUUCGAGCGCCGAAGAUUCAGAUGACUUUGACGAGGAAUUUGAAGACGUCGGAAUCUCCGGACCCAGUGGUCCAGCCACCCCAGUCACAGGAGCUGGUCCUACCAGUGCUCCGACUCCUUCAUCCGGUAUUGCCGGUGUGAAGCGUGAACACGAUACUGCUUCCAGCGCUGCUCCAUCAUCGACUGGAACUCCCACUACGCCCGCAGACGAUGGACCCGCGUUGAAGAGGAUCAAGACCGAGCCUGGCACGGAAGAGCCCAUUAUCAAACCCGAUCCCGACGCAAUGGCCGAGUCUGAAGUCAAGGACGAGGAGUCUGAUGAAGACGAAGAGUUUGAAGACGUAUGA